UGUACCGAAUAAGUCGUGUCGUCUCCUGAAUAAUGCUAAUAAAAUAAAAGGAUAUUUAAAUACUGAUUGAAGAUGAACCUUUGUUACAUAUAAUAAUAAUUGUGAAGUGUUAAAGUUUUGUGGAACUUAUUUGAUGGAUUCGUAGACGUUAGUGCAGUGACUGGUUAGAUGAUAGGUUGGGUGUGGUCAAGUGGUGUGGGGGAUACAAGGGUGUAAGUGGAAGGGGGUUUAAACAAAGAGAGGCUUACUCCUCUCAAGUAUAUUGGAACGAUAUCAUCAUGCCGCGCUUAGUAAUUCAUUUGAUUCUGUUUGUUAUUUUCUUGAUUACUUUAUACCUGUGGAAACUGUGUGUAGAAAGUCUUCUCUUCGAGACUCAAACUGUCAUACGUAGAGAUAUGUCAAUUUCUUUCGAAUAUGAAGCUUAAAUAAUGGACGUUAAAUUGAGUUUUAGUUUAUAAUUACUACAAUCAACCACAAACAGAAGAGCGUAGGGAGUAGGAGGCCAGGUGGCCACCACAUCGGCGGGAUUAUGGCCGAGGAAGAGGAUCCGGGACCUCUCAACUCACUACCGCGAGACCUAAGGGGACCUCUCGAGAUGGAUGAUUCGGAUGAAGAACCGGACAACUUCCAAGACGCCGCGGAGGAGGCAUCUGAUGAGAACACGAACCUGCAAAUGGCCCUCGCCGAUUGCGAGAUGGCGAUCAAGCGCUUUUUCAACAAUGAUAUGGAGACGGCGAUGGAGAUUAUGAAGUCUCGGAGCAGCUCGUCUAUAUACCACAGCCUGGGUGUUUCAAUAUUCGAGUUCAUUCCUGCGGUUUUAACCCUGGAUUCGGCUCAGGUAGGCCGAGCGAUCCAGAGUCUGAAGACGACGGUGCACCUUUGCAACCAGCACCGCAGGAGCUACACGAUAAUGCAGACGAUAGGGACGAUGAUAGUGAAGACGAACUACGCUACAAUGACCGACCUGGAGGCUCACGCCGAACUAUGCUUCGCCGAGUCGAUGCUGCUACAAGCCGCCCUUUGCGUCAUAGAAGGGGAGGACAUCGCGGCCUUUCUUCGCGCCGCCAUGAAGAUCAAGAACUCCUACAACACCUACAAGGAGUGCUCGCGCAUUCUCGAGAAAAAGGCGUGGGAAAGCGUAGAGUCGCGCCAACAUUUCCACAGCGGCGUUCGCCUCGGGCUAGCAACCUUCAAUAUCAUGAUAGCAUUAUUACCGGCGAGAAUUAUAACCCUGCUCGAAUACGUCGGUUAUUCUGGGGACAAGGAGGCUGGGUUGGCCGAGCUUCAAGCCGGAGCCCGUCAGCCGGGCCUGCGUGGCGUUCUCUGCGAGAUAGUCUCGCUGGGUAUCCACCUCGUGGUGAGUCAUUUUGCUGGAGCAACACCGAACCUCCAUCAGUGUCGAGAAAUAAUCGACGCCCAACUGAAAGUGUACCCCGAGGGUGUAUGGUUCCUCCUCUUCGAGGGUCGUUUGGAAUUGCUCCGCGGGCGCUGCGCCUUGGCCGCCGCAACCUAUCGCCGAGUCGCGGAGACUCGCCAUCUAUGGCCGCAGCUUCGCCAUCUAUGCUACUGGGAGCUGAUGUGGGCGAGCGCUAUGAUGAUGGAUUGGCGCACGGCUGCUGAGUUCGCAGGACGUCUUAUUGAAGAGAGUACUUGGUCUCGAACAAUGUACUGCUAUGCAAAAGCAGCGUUGCUUCUGCAACUGGGGGAGGAAUGCACGUCUGCCGAACGAAAUCACGUCGUCGAUUUGCUCAAAGCUGCUCCCCUGUAUCGUCAGAAGAUAGCGGGGAAGUCCCUUCCGAUGGAGAAGUGGGUGAUCAAGAGGUGCACGAGAUAUUCGGCGCAGGGAGGCCGGCUGAUGAUGCCGGCGAUGGAGCUGCUCUGCCUGUGGAACAUGAUGUCAGCCCUCGCGGCCGACGUUCCCACGCUUCAAUCCCUUCUUAAGAAAAUCGACUAUGCGAGCGAGGUGCUGGAGCGGGAUGAGAAACUUUGGCCGCCUGCCCUGAUGUCGGAUAAUCGUGCGUUAAUCUUCUAUCUACGCGGCUGCUGCUUGUCUGCGCUUGGAAUGCAACUGUUGGCAAUACAACAGUUCGAAAACGCCGUAGCUCUGAAGAACAUGAUCAAGACAGACACGUUUCUGGUUCCGUACGCCCUGUAUGAAGCGGCCACUUGCCAUUACAACCUCGGCGAAGUUAACCGUGCUGUUCGCAUGUGGCAGGAUGCUAGGAAGAGCUACUCCAACUAUUCGCUGGAAUCUCGACUACAGUUCCGUUUGCAUUCCAAGCUGGAGAUGGCACAGAAUAACGCACAAACUCAAGCAGGCAGGUCUUUACCAACAAAAUCUCUUCCCUCAGUUUCUCCUAAACUCGUUCGCAAAAACUAAAUGCGCCUAAAAGGUCACUACUCUGUGAAUUUACAGGGUAGAGUCAGUAACGCUGUGAUGUAGGUACACAAGACAAAUGAAGUGCUAUUUUCACACGAGGUCCAACAGUGGGACAGAGCAGUAGAAAGAGUAGUACUGGUAUAGUUUGAGACAGAACACUAUUAAGGUUAACGCGCAUUCAACCAAACCUCGUGGUACUGCGGCAUUCAGUCACCGCCGCCGUCUUGACAUCGCUGAUUGAACAGGAUAGACGUAAAUUUGUUAGCGUAAUAAUACGUCGUUCUUGCGUGCACGUAUUGAUGGCGCAUUUGACGAGACGUCUACUCGAAAUAAACAAGAUUAAUGUUCUGCCCUCGUGUGGAAUUAGCUGUGUCUUGUUUAGUGGUAAGUUUUAUUAAUAAGUUGCCGUCGGCACACGUAUACUUAAUAAUGUCUUGCACCCAUUGUACCCGGGUUGCUUAGUAUAUAAGAGUAGUGUAGUAUAUAAGGCAUAUUUAACCGCAUUUAAUCAUUCUAGUAUUGUAAGAAGAAAUAAAAAGCCAACUAAUUAUCAAUUUCACUUACAAUUUAUUUGAAUCAACAGACCUAAAAAUUCAUCUUUAUAGAAAUUUGGACCUAAAUUAAGAAAACAAAAUUCAAUCUCUGAGAUUGUCCUGAUAUUAUUUUUAUC